AUGCGAAGUCAUCGGUCCGCGAAAUUUGCGGAAUAUAUCUCCACAUUUGCUAUUUUAAAUUCCAUUGGAAUUCACGAAACGGUGUUAAUUGAAAGACGGGAUUCUUCUACUGGGAUCGGGGUUUACGUGCGGGACGCGUGCGAUGCUCACACGACGCUCUUUGUCGUUCCCGGCCAUCGCGUCUGCUCCAGCUCCGUUCUUUCCCAUCUCGGAACGAAAAUUACGCUGCGAUCGAACGGCGAUUGGGAUGGGGAAAGACUUCAAACGUUAAAUCAUGGACUGAUUAAUUAUUUAACGGGAUUGGAAGAGGCCAAGGUGUGGAUGGAGUGCGCCUGGCGAAUCGCAUUGGAGCGGCAUCGCAGCUAUUCCUCGUGGUGGGGUUGGAUUCAGAGCGCGCCCGACGAGAAAGAAUUAAUGAGCCUGGAGGAGGGAAUUUGUGGGAAUUGCCGUGUCCUGCACCCUACGCUCUACCCUUUUUAUCUAAAAGGACGUGCAAAAAUAAAGGAAGAGAUCAAACUCGCCUUUGAAUUACUUUCUCAUAACAAUCUACGGCCUUCUUUUUCUUAUUUCUCAUGGGCGGUAGAGAUUCUUCUCUCGCGUGGGAUUUUGCUGCCGUGUUGUUGGCAAACAAAGGAGGGUUUAGAGAAGGCUGGGGAGGUGGAGUUUGGGGUGGUGCCAUUUGUGGAUUUAAUUAACGGCGCGAAUGAUCAGGCUGCGACUAAUGAUAGCUUUACACCCAAGGAAAAUGCCGUUGUCGAAGUUGAAUUAUCGACAGAGAGUUUACCUGAAUGGUAUGUCUCCUGGGUAGUCCAGGAAGCGCGGCGUAAAACUCAUGAUGAAUCACUUAAUGUGGGGGAACUUUUACGGGAGCAUUUUUGCCUUUGCGUGAGCUUAACAAAGCCCCUGAAAGCCUCGGAAGAAGUUAUUAUUUCAUAUAACACACCACAUAUUUCUACUGGUGUGCUUUCCAGUAAUGAGGAUGCGCUGUUAUCACGUCUGAUAAAGUAUAGUUUUUAG